AUGGCGGCCCAGGCGGCAGGCGUGUGCAGGCAGAGGGCGGCUGCUGAAGGGCUCGGCUCCUACCAGAAUGCAGUGAAGUGCUUGGGCCAGGACUUCGAGGUGCUGAGGCGGCAGUGCCUGGACUCUGGGGUGCUGUUUAAGGAUCCGGAGUUCCCAGCAUGUCCAUCAGCGUUGGGCUACAAGGAGCUGGGACCCGGCUCCCCCCAGACUCAAGGCAUCGUGUGGAAGCGGCCCACGGAGCUGUGUCCCAGUCCUCAGUUCAUCGUUGGUGGAGCCACACGCACAGACGUCCGCCAGGGCGAUCUCGGCGACUGCUGGCUCCUGGCGGCUAUUGCCUCUCUGACCCUGAACGAAAAGCUGCUGUCCCGUGUGGUGCCGGGGAACCAGAGCUUCCAGGAGAACUAUGCAGGCAUCUUCCAUUUCCAGUUCUGGCAGUAUGGCGAGUGGGUGGAGGUGGUGGUGGACGACAGGCUGCCCACCAAGGAUGGGGAGCUGCUGUUCCUGCACUCGGCCGAGGGCUCGGAGUUCUGGAGCGCGCUGCUGGAGAAGGCCUACGCCAAGCUCAACGGUUCUUAUGAGGCUCUGGCCGGAGGCUCCACUGUGGAGGGCUUCGAGGACUUCACGGGUGGCAUCUCAGAGUCUUAUGACCUGCGGAAGCCACCGGCCAACCUGUACCGCCUCAUCCGGAAGGCCCUGCGUGCAGGGUCUCUGCUGGGCUGCUCCAUUGAUGUCUCCAGCGCGGCUGAAACUGAAGCCUUCACCCACCAGAAGCUGGUGAAGAGCCACGCGUACUCCGUCACUGGGGUGGAAGAGGUGGACUUCAGCGGCCGCCUGGAGCAACUGAUCCGACUACGGAACCCAUGGGGCCAGGUGGAGUGGACGGGAGCCUGGAGUGACGAGGCACCGGAGUGGAGCCGCAUCGACCCCAGGCAGAGGGAAGAGCUGGACCAGAAGGCAGAGGACGGCGAGUUCUGGAUGUCCUUUUCCGACUUCCUGGUGCAGUUCUCACGCCUGGAGAUUUGCAACCUGUCCCCGGACUCCUUGAGCAGCGAGGAAGCUCACAAGUGGAGCCUGGUGCUGUUCCACGGCCGCUGGGCAAGGGGUGCCACCGCCGGGGGCUGCCAGAACUACCCGGCCACGUACUGGACCAAUCCCCAGUUCAAAAUCCACCUGGGUGAGGCGGACGAGGACCAGGAGGAGGGCGUGGGGGAGCCCUGCUGCACUGCGCUUUUGGGGCUGAUGCAGAAGGACCGGCGGAGGAGGCGGCGGCUGGGCCAGGGCCUGCUGAGCAUAGGCUUUGCCAUCUAUCAGGUCCCCAAGGAGCUGGCGGGCCACACAGACUCACACCUGGGCCGAGACUUCUUCUGUGGCCACCAGCCGGCUGCGCGCUCGGACACCUAUGUUAACCUGCGAGAGGUGUGGGGCCGUGUGCAGCUGCCACCUGGCGAGUACCUGGUGGUGCCGUCCACCUUCGAGCCCUUCAAGGACGGCGACUUCUGCCUGCGCGUGUUCUCGGAGCAGAAGGCCCGGGCUCUGGAAAUUGGAGCUGUUGUGGCUGGAAACCCGCACGAGCUGCAUCCCGUGGAGGUUGACCCUGGGGACCAGGAGCUCCGGAGACUGUGUGAGGAGCUCUCGGGGAAGGGUUCUGAGAUUGGUGCCAAUGAGCUCAAGAGGGUUCUGAAUGUGAUGUUUUCCAGACGAACAGACAUAAAGUUCGCUGGAUUCAGCAUCUACACUUGCCGAGAGAUGAUCAGCUUGCUGGACAGCACCGGCACCGGCACCCUGGGACCCGUGGAGCUCAGGACGCUCUGGCUGAAGGUCCAGAAGUACCUGGAGAUUUUCCAGGAGUUGGAUCCUGGCCGCCUGGGGACCGUGGACACCCAUGACAUGAGGCUGGCCCUCGGGAGGGCGGGGUUCAGCCUCAACAACCAGGUGCAGCAGACCAUCGCCACCAGGUACACGGGCCACGCACUCAGCAUCGACUUUGACAGCUUCGUGGCCUGCAUGGUCCGCCUGGAGAGCCUCUUCAAACUGUUCAGGGUCUUGGACCGGAACCGGACAGGUGUCGUCCAGCUGUCCCUGCCUGAGUGGCUGUGCUGUGUACUGGUCUGAGUGGCAUCCGUGUCUCUGGGUCGGCAACAUCUCGCCCUCCCUGCCUGUGGUUCUGCGGACGAUCAGCCUCCAGUGGCCUUCGC